UAAAGCCCAUAUAAGUCUAGAAAGGCCUCGAACGCCAAGUUUUUGAAGGCUGGAGCUAUUAGCAUUCACCAGGACCAGUUAACAAACAGGCUUUCCUUAUCAGUGAGCGCAUCCACCACGCAGAAUGUCAGUUACACUUCACACAAAUCUUGGUGAUAUCAAAUGCGAGAUCGCCUGCGAUGAAGUUCCCAAGGCCUCCGAGAAUUUUUUGGCGCUGUGUGCUAGUGGGUAUUAUGAUGGGACCAUAUUUCAUCGAAAUAUUAAAGGUUUUAUGAUUCAAGGUGGAGAUCCUACAGGGACAGGAAAAGGAGGAACUAGUAUUUGGGGCAAGAAGUUCAAUGAUGAGAUUAGAGAGUCUCUCAAGCAUAAUGCAAGGGGUACACUCUCAAUGGCCAAUAGUGGACCGAAUACUAAUGGAAGCCAGUUUUUCAUAACGUAUGCAAAGCAACCCCAUCUAAAUGGGUUGUACACUGUGUUUGGCAAAGUAAUUCAUGGGUUUGAAGUCCUCGAUAUCAUGGAAAAGACUCAAACAGGGCAAGGGGAUAGACCUCUUGCAGAGAUAAGGAUCAAUCGCGUGACAAUACAUGCCAACCCACUUGCUGGUUAGUUUCCAUCUCGGAAUAUCUGUCUGGAUAUUGUUGCAGCGAGAUACUGGUGUGUUUGUAACAUUGAUUUAGGAUUGAAUCUCGUGGAUAAAUGUAUCCGCCUCUAAACAGUAACAACUGAACUUAAUUACAGCUAACAAGGAAAUACCAAGUAUUACCUGUAGAAUAAUGUAAAGCAACAUUUUUUAUUUACAGUUGCAUGAUAUUUCAGAGUACUUUUCAAGUAUUUAAAUAA